AUGUCACGGAACAGUGAAGGUACGUUGAGUACAUGUAGCAGUACUGGUAGCAGGAGUAGUGGUUUGUUUAGUGAUCUAGAUGUUGAUUCACCUGGCGGCCAUCUUAAAAAACGUAACAGUGAUAUAGAAAGUCCUACCAUGUACAGUCUAUCUGGACCUCACUUCUCUAAAUCUCCCCGAGCCCCUACUAAUUGGCAGAAAGGUCAGUUAUUAGGAACAGGAGCGUUUGGUGAGGUCUAUAAAUGUUAUGACCUAGAUACAGGACAGGAAUUUGCUGUUAAAAUGGUGCAACUUGGUAAUUUAAAUGCUGAAACAUCGAAGGAAGUAAGAGCUCUAGAGAAUGAAUUACAGUUAUUACGUAAUUUUCAACAUGAGAGAAUAGUUCAAUAUUUUGGUUGUCAGAAUGAAGCAACUAUAUUGUCUAUAUUUAUUGAAUAUAUGCCAGGGGGUUCAGUGAAAGAUUUAAUCCAUGAUAUAGGGAGUCUACAAGAAUCUAUAGUGAAAAAAUAUACAAGGCAAAUGUUACUAGGCUUAGCUUAUUUACAUAAAAAUGUUAUUGUUCAUCGUGAUAUCAAAGCUGCUAAUGUGUUACGUGAUACUCAAGGCAAUGUGAAACUAGGUGAUUUUGGUGCUUCAAAAAGACUUCAAACUAUUCGUAAUUCUACUGGGUUAAAAACAGCAGUAGGAACUCCUCAUUGGAUGGCUCCAGAAGUUAUAAAUGGGGAAGGUUAUGGUAGAAAAGCUGAUAUCUGGAGUGUGGGUUGUUCAAUAGUUGAAAUGCUCUCUACCAAACCACCAUUUUAUGAAUAUGAACCUUUUGCUGCCAUGUUUCAAAUUGUUCAGUGCAAGCAUCCAAAAUAUGAACUUCCACCUACAGUCUCAAAUCUAGCCAAGGAAUUUUUGGCGCACACGUUUCAACGAACUCAAAUUGACAGACCUUCUGCAGAGGAUCUUUUAAAACAUAGAUUUACGCAUGAAGGAACGUAA